AAUGACAUUUCAACUGCGAAAUAAUGAGUAUAAAUCUUUAAAAACAACAAUUUCAAUUAACUUAAGUGCAAACUAAGAAUGAAUGAAACUGAAAUAAGACACAGAGGGGCGAUUGGAGCGGUGGUGUUAGGUAUUUUGGUUGCAGGUUACCUUAUCCAGGCAGAAAGAAAAGGGGCUGAUCAGGAUAGGGAGUUUUCUGAGUGGAUCUUCAGCCAUGGAUUCUCGGAAUUCAGGGGUUAUCUCUUUGAAAAGGAAGUCUACAAUCUAGACGAUCUAGUACACUUCUACCCAGAUUUUUCUAACUACCGCCAAAGAUUCCCAAAGGAAGGAGAGUUCAUUGCUGCUGUAGAAGGCUUCCGGAGAAAGGCUGCACUAAAAACAUGGUUUCUAGAGCAGGGGUUAGCUGUACACUAUCUACAGAGGUUAGAAAAAUUGGGUAUUAACAAUUUAGCCGGCCUCCAUCGUUUAGCGGACAAAGAUAUAUUGGAAUUGACGCAAGAUGACCAUACAUUCCGAGACUACAAGAUCUUCAAGAAGGUCGUAGGCAACCUGAGGAAGCUUAGUCCAAACACUAAACAGCUUGAACUGGACAUGUUAAUGCAUCAUAAAACCGGCUACAUUCCACAGGCACCGUAUUCCUUAUGGUCGCUGUUGUUUUGGGGAUUUACUGCAGUGCUGGUCACAUGUGUUACCUUGGUGAUAAUGUUCAUAAACCUGCCGACCACAAUCAUGAACCGUGUUCAACCGCUGAGUAUUUCUCUACAAAGCCUCUCGAAUCUCUCCAAGAAAUCGCUGUUCUACUUUAGCGGUCAGUAUGAUGUCGCCCAAAACACAAAGGUCACAUGGGAUUGGGACGAGCCACAAAUCGUUGGUAAAACAAUGACCUUUAACAUCAGGUUUUUACACAAGAACUCCAAACUGUACCCAAUAUCUACACGAGACAACAUAACCGUGGAGAUAAGUCAUGCCGGGUCAGAGGUUACCAAAACGAUGACCUUGGGAGGAGAGAACGCAGAGGAAGCAAACUUAGCUAAAGUGUCCUUCGCCGUUCACAAAUCUGGGGAAUACACCAUCUCUGUUAUGUUCUCUAGCAGACAUAUCAAGGGCAGCCCGUUUUCAAAGAAGUUUGAAGCAGGUCCAAUUGAUGCUUCGAAGACAGGAUUCAUGAACUACACAUCGACAGUCGUAUGUACGCCCGAGUCCUCGUACCCACUUACUAUCGAGGCGCGUGACUCGUUCGGGAACAUUGCAUCAUACAAACCUGGCCAGAACAACUACUUCAAAAUCAGGGUCACAGAGUGUGGCUCAAAAGAGAAGCACUUUCCCCCGAUCCAGAUCUUUUACAAUUCCCGCCAAAAGCAGCUAUUGAUGCAGAUCAAAAUGGAACGGGUCGGGUGCUACCAAGCGUCUGUCAGCUACGGGGAUGUCAGCCUUAAAAAUGGGGACUUCAACAUUCUUGUUCUGAGCUCUGAUGACCAUACUUGUGUUGAAAAGAACAUCAGCAAAUCUCACAAUAUUUGGUACGAAGCACGACUGAUAGAGUGCAAUCAUGAAAAACUGUGCAAGCCCAAGAAGGUCUACAUCUAUAUAACGCCCAAGCAACUUAAAUUGAAAGAAUAUUUUCUGAAGAUCAUUGGCAAACGAUUAUUCACCUACAGGGUGUGCCCGUCAACAAAGUUCAGCUUUAGCGGGUUCAACAACGUGUUAGGCAGUUAUGUGUUCACGAUAGACGAUGGUUCUCAACCCCCUAUAAUGCUUGCUGCGAAGGAUCGAAGCGUUAUAGCUGCGACCUUCACUAAAUUCCUCCUGAAGAAUAUUGGGGGCUCGGAGACAUUUCAAGAUAAACAGACAUUUUUCUACCAUGAAGUUCGAACGUUACACCAGCGCCGGUCGUAUAAUACGACCAUACUGAAAAUUGACAGGGGAAAGGUCCUACAGAGCUCCUUCAAGGCAACCAAAGGUUUCGAUGUGGGAGACUGGUGUAAAAACUUCGAGAUAACUUUCAUUGGGGAACAGGGUCUAGACUGGGGUGGAUUAAGACGAGAAUGGUUUGAGACUGUGUGUGUUCAUUUGUUUGACCCGUCAGUGGCAGGGCUGUUUUGUCGACCAUCAGAGGAUAGUCAGGGGCUGGUCCAUCCUGACAGACACCGGAGAAGUGACGAUGAUCUCAAGAUGUUUGAGUUUGCGGGUAAAAUUGUUGGGAAGUGUUUGUACGAGUCUGCGCGCGGGUCGUCUCAUAGACUCUCAUACCGACAGCUCGUUAAGGCGAGAUUCUCACGCUCAUUUCUUGCUCAAUUGAUCGGUCUCAGAGUACAUUAUAAGUACUUUGAGACCGACGACCCCGAGUUAUACAAGACAAAGAUAAAGUACAUUGAAGAAAAUGACAUCGAGGGGAUGGAACUGACCUUCGCUGAAGAAGAGUAUUUACCAGGGUCACAGGGUAAUCAGGGAACAGUCAAGGUGGUAGACUUGAUACCCGGUGGUAGCAAGCAGGCCGUGACCAAUGAAAACAAGUUACAAUAUCUCGACCAACUGGCCCAGUAUCGACUUGCGACGGCUGUACGAGAGCCAAUAGAAGCCUUUCUCAAGGGCCUUAAUGAACUCAUACCAGACAACCUACUCAGCAUAUUCGAUGAAAAUGAACUGGAGUUGUUGAUGUGUGGUAUGAGGAAAUACAGUGUAGCCGACCUGAAAAACAACCAUGUGGUAAAUGGAUCAACUCAAACAUUCCGACGGGUACUAGAGUGGUUUUGGACGGUUAUCGGUAGUUUCAGUGAUGAACAAAUGGCGCGCCUCCUUCAGUUCACGACGGGAUGUUCCCAACUCCCUCCAGGAGGGUUUGCAGAGCUCGUGCCCAAGUUUCAGAUAUCUCCAGGAUACACUUAUAACACUCUGCCAACUGCACACACAUGUUUCAACAACCUGUGUCUGCCGGAUUAUGACGGCAUAGAGCAGCUCCACAGGUCUCUGUUGAUAGCAAUAACCGAGGGAAACACGGGGUUUGGACUGGUGUGAUUAUAGGGACAUACAUAAAUCGAGGACACGUGGGGCUCGGACUUGUGUGAUUGAAGGGGAAACACAAAAUAUUAUAAUAGUGUGAUUUUAAUUGAUCAAGGGAACACGAGGCACGGAAGGUGUAAUUUAUGGAACACAAAAUAACCAAGGGAUGCACAUGGUUUGGAAAUUGUGAUUAAAGGGACACAUAUAAUUUUAAGCUGUAAUUAAUCAUUAGGAACAGGGUUAAACUGUGCGUUGCCAAUAUUCAAACGGGAACAAUGAGCUUGGACUUAUGUGAUAUUUAAAAAGGGACAAAUGGCACUCGCAUUUGUGAAUGUGUGACACAAAAUUAAAAAUAAGAAGCACAGGAGUGAUACUUGCCUGAUUACUUUUAACAGGUAUGGAAUACAGUGCUGUUGUGAUCAAGGCCUUUUUAUGUACUAGCAUGGGCCCUUUAUCGGUUUGACGAAGACCAAUUUGUGUUACGAUUUGAAAUAGGAAUUUUAAUUAUGUUGACGAUGAAGCAUGUUUUACUUUCAUGAAGGAAUAUUUGAAAUGGCUUGGCAAUAAUAGUUGUUAUGAUUGUGGUUUAUUGUCGAAACCACAAGCAAUAGUUAUUGGUACUUAAUACUUAAAAGAAACAUCUAGAAUAAGAAUAUGACAGUGUUGAAGAAUUCACUGCAGUUGUCAUGCUACAUGAUCUAGUAUUCCUAUUGUUUCAUAAUAUAUCUUUCAAUUUUUCACAAGCACUUUAGGCUACUGUGUGAUACAAUAUCAGAUAAUGGUAAUACGGAAAAAAUGUCAGAGUGUCCAUAUUUUAUGUUUAACUUAUUUUCAGAUGUAAUAUAUUUAAUUAAAAAAACUCAAAAGGUAAUAAAUCAAGAUAAAUAUAUAAUACAUAAUAAUUUAAUAAACAAAUAAUAUUUUUUAUGAUUUUCAUAUAACCAUGUUACUACUUUUGGGUGGCACAGUGAUAUACCAAUGCCCUUGUUUAAUUUUUGUGAACGAUCAAAACUAUUUUUACCUUUAUGUUGUUUUGUAUGCUAAGAGCAAGAGUCAUGGAUUAUAAAACCUUAACAUGUAUUUUAAGUGCACAAGGCGCAUUCAUAUAUUUUAUUAUAUAACUUCAUAAAUAAUUGAAAUGACUAGGUGUCUGGUGAUAAUGUAAUUUGUAAUGAUUGUAAAUAGGUCUAAAAUUAUAAUAGAUACUCGGAAAACUAAAGUGGUAUAUUAGAUUAACAAGCUGCAUUAAACUUAUUAUAUGUGUACUUAACAAUGAAUGAACAUGGACGCAAAUUAGAAUGCUAUUUUUGUUACUUAAAAAUAUUUUUUCAAUGAUAAGCUUAGUGAUAAGAGCUGGGGUUUUAAUGAAAAUAUAUAUAGUGUUACUUUUCAAUUUUUUGUUUCUAUUUUAUAGAAUUCAGCUACCUUCAUAUAAUCGAUUCCAGGAUUAUGCAAUAGAAUCCAGGAUUAUGCAAUCGAUUUUCAGCGAUCACAACGAUCGAUCUUCGACAACAGUCAAUCAUUUUUGUAUCCAAAUCAGUUGGUCUUUUCUCACAUUGUUAAAUUAACUAUGGACCAAGUAAUCAGGGUCAAUGUUUACAGAAGGUUUAAUAUCUGAGGUACGACUCGAGCCUUUCUGUGUUGUCUAUAACAGUUGGACCCUAUGUAAACAAUAACUCAGAUUUUGCUUUCAUGAAUUUUAUCAAAGCGAUUCUCAGACCUCAUUUUUAUAUCUAUUUAUAAGGGCACAUUUGUUGUGAUGUUUUCAGUUUUAUGGAAAUUUUACAUUAUUCUAUUUGUCAUUUUUAUAGAUAUUACAUACAUAUGAUCGUGAGAUAAAAUUUCUCACAUAUUCAUAUAAUCAUAUUUUUAUGUUUAUUAUAUGUGUACGUGGUAAAAGGAAAAGAACCGGGCAUGUUUUUCAUUUAGAUACCAUCUACAUUCCCAUGUUCUUCAACAUUGGGUAAACAUAUUUUAUAAUGUGCAAUACAUAUAUACUGAUAUGAAGUAUACAUGUCACCUUGCGUUCUCAAUUUUGUAAUUAUAUUUCAUCAUGUACACAGAGUUUAUAAUAUAAGUAACCGUUCAAUAUGGAAUUUAUUAAACAAGUUUUCUUCAAUUGAUUUAUCAAUUUUAGUUUACGAGUGUAAUAUAUGUUGUAUAUUGAAAGACUACGAAUGGGUUAUUGAUAUCAUAGAUUAUAGAAUAUAUUUAUGAAGUCACUUCAAGAGUUAUAACAAAACCAUCCAAUUGGUUUUCAACAGGUUACUUGUAUGGUUAAUAAACAUUAUCACAUAAAUAUUGACCGAUCUAUUAACGUUUAGACUAAUUUUGAUCAAUGCAGAGAAUUUAACCAAUUGUAUACAAUUGACUCCAGCAAUAAAUCAAUUAUAAGUAAUGACGUUAUAUCAUUUAUGGGGAUUGAUGUUAAAACAAAGCUGGCACAACUAAUAUGAAAAUGUGUUAAAUACAAGGUUGAUUUGAUGUUAAUUGUUAAUGACAACAACUGUUUCAAAAAAAGGUACAACUGAUAAGAACAUUGGUUUAAUACAACGUUUUUCUUGUUGUGUUAAGACAAGGACAAUAAGUGUUUAAAAUAAUCAAACUGUCUAUUGUUGAAGUUUGGUCCAUUUCCACUAAAGUCUUGAAUUAUGACUCAAUGUUAACCACUUUCAAUACAUUUACAAACUAACUGAUGCACGUAGGAUUUCAUAGUUUAUUCUGUAUUAAUUGACACAACUUUAUGUUGUCCCAUUUUAACAAACUAAUGUGUCCAUGUGGAAGACUUUUAUUCGAUGAAUAAGGAGGGCUUUAAGUCACCAAUAUGUCGUUGUCACCAUUAUAGGUUUUGGUUUUGUGUGCACGACACUAUCAUGUAAAAGACGUAGUUCUCGAGCAUCUUCUCACGGGACUUUCAUCAGCCUUCAGUGAUGUUGUCAGGAACAGCAACCAAAUAGGUUCCACAACUCUUAUUUGAUUGGUAUUUAUGAAAGCAACCUUUGUGAAGGGCGCCACCUUCGAAAAGCAUUUGAGAAUUUUCCCUAUGGAGUGAUUGACAAAAAUUGUUUUAUUUCAUUGUAUAGAUAAAUGCGUUCUCAAAGAACAGGGGUGGUUUUAAUAAGCUUUUUUAACUUGUAAUUAAUAGUGGUCAUACAUACGUCAUUGACAUCAUUCACUGUAUACAUGGUUACACAUGCACUUUGUUAAGUUUUAUUUCAUGUAAUGUAUGCUUUUUGUUUGGAAUACUUUUGUACUGCAGAUUGUCAAAUAAAUCAUAUU